UUUUGUUGUCAGUGUGAAGGUGAAGCUUCACAAGGCAAGUUGUGUUUUCAUGAAACUUGGUGAUUUUAAAUUUUUUAAAUUUUAUUUUUAUUCUUAAAAAUUUUUAACUUUAAGAAAUACAAACUUUUUUUACAAUGAAUAAAGUGCUUCUUUUUUUAAUUUUUACGACGACAUUGACAAGUUGCAUACUUCCUUGCAACAGUAAAAAUAUUUUAGUUUUCUUACCCAUUUCGAGUCGGAGCGUCAAAAAUGUGUAUCUCCCACUCAUCAAAGAACUGGCGUCAAAAGGCCACAAUAUAACUGUCGUUUCGGCUGCAAGUUCACCCCCCAUCGAGAACGUUGAGGACAUUGUUUUUGUUCCGGGGGAGAAAGUACUGGAAAGAUUGGCAACCCCCUUUGACCUGCUGCGCCUACCCAUCCGGAUAAGGUUGGCCGCACUGAAUCCCGAUUUGAUGCAAAUCUGCACCGAAAUCUACGAGCAGGAGGACUUCAAAAAGUUGGCUAAAGACCCCAAGGGCAAGUUCGAUCUCGUGAUUUUGAAUGCCGUUGGAAAUUACUGCUUUUAUGGACUUAUCCACGAGUUCCAAGCUCCCGUCAUAGGCGUCAUGUCGUUCCCGCCCCCCAACUUUGUUACCGAGCCGUAUGGAUUGCAUCUCCCUUACAGUUUUGUUCCCGUCACAUUCCUCGGCUACACGGAUAAGAUGACCUUCUGCCAAAGAGUACAGAACUUUAUACUGCAGUGGCUCAUCCGUUGCAGAAAAUAUUUCCAACAUAAACCAGAGAGUGACAAGUUUAUAGCCAGCAAGCACGGACCAAACAUUCCAUCAAUUGAAGAAAUUGAGGGGACAUUCAGUCUCCUCCUGUCAAAUACUCAUUUCGCUAUGAAUUCUAAGCUGCCCUUAACUCCUGAUAUUAUCGAGGUUGGUGGAAUGCACUGCAGACCAAGUAAACGAAUCGAAGAGGGGAAUCUCCAAAAGUGGUUAGACGACUCUACGAAUGGAUUUAUCUACUUCAGCUUUGGAUCUGUAAUUCAAGGGAGCCAGAUACCCAAAGAAUAUAAGAUCAUGUUUACCCAAGUAUUUUCAAAUCUCAGUGUAAAUGUUUUAUGGAAGUGGGAGAGUGAUUUUGCCGAAUUCAUUGGCGAGAUACCUCCCAACGUUCGGCUAGAGAAAUGGGUUUCACAACAGGACGUGCUAGGUCACAAGAACAUAAAACUGUUUAUUUCUCAUGGUGGAAUCUUGGGCGUUCAAGAAGCAGUUUAUCACGCAGUUCCAAUUCUUGGAUUUCCAUUCUUUCUGGAUCAGGGUCAAAAUAUGGCUUAUGUUAAACAGAAUGGAAUUGGGGAAAACUUUGAAAUAUUGGAGAUGACUGAAGAAAAGCUUAGUGAAGUUAUUAAUCAAAUGAUCACGAAUGAUUCAUACAAAACACAAAUUCAAGAAAUGUCACGUGUAUUCCGUGACCAACCGCAAACCCCCCUGGAACGGGCUCUUUUCUGGGUAGAAUUCGUCCUCCGCCAUGAUGGAGCUUAUUUUUUGAAAUCGGCGUCUCGGGACCUCUCGCUGUUUAAGUAUCAAUCAUACGACGUUGUUUUGUUUCUUGUCGUUGCAUCUCUCAUCCUUUUAAUAUUUUUUUAUGGAUUGUACAAAUAUUUCUGGAUAGCUUUUUUAAUUGUACUGGGAAUUUUAGCUGUCAUUUUAGGCAUAGCUUGGCAAAUGGAAUAUAUCUGAGUGUGGUACACAGUUGUUUUUGUCAAUUAUUAUUAUCUACACAAGCUAAUUUUAAACUUUGUAAUGUAAAUAACAAACGCGUAAAAAAAAACUACGCGUGCAUAAAUAAAAAUGUCAAUGAGCUCUGAUUAUCUA